AAGGCGGAAACGCUGGACCGUCCAGUCAAAUUAAUUUCAUGGAAACAAGCACGGAAUAAGCAUCCGACCAUGCCAUUUUGGCUGCGGAAGGCAAAGCUUAGGAGUAUGCUUCCAAGAAGCAUAUAUAACUACCAGUCUGGCUGCACCUCUAACCUCACCACAGUCUUGCAGUCACAUCAAAGGCAACCCUCCAUCACAGAAAAUAAACAAUGCUUCGCCAAACUGCCCUCUUUGCUCUCGCCCUCGCGGCCCCAGCGAUUGCCCAGGUGAGCGAGGGUUUCGAGAACGGAUGGGACCAGACUGCAUGGCCCUCGUAUGCGGCAGACUGCAACCAAGGUGGCAAAGUCACCCUGGAUACGACAACAGCCCAUACUGGCAAGAACUCGAUCCGUGUCGACGGUGCGGGAGGCUACUGCGGCCACAUCUUUGUCGGCACAACGAAGAUUCCAUCGGGAGAUGUCUACGUCAGGACUUACCUGAAAGCAAGCAAGGCUUUGACUGACUCUCACGUGACCUUUAUCACAAUGCCAGACUCGGCCCAAGGCACAAACAAGCACCUGCGCAUUGGCGGACAAUCCAAGAUUCUCAUGUACAACCGCGAGACCGAUGAUGCCACGCUACCUGAUUUGUCGCCAAACGGCAUUGCGUCAUCCAAGCCGCUGCCCACCAACCAAUGGACAUGCUUCGAGUACCAUCUUGGCACCGACGGCAGCAUCCAGACAUGGUUGAACAACAGCACCAUUUCUGGGUUGAACGUGGGUAAUGGAGCAUCGAACCCCAAUGGAGCGCAGUGGUCCAGGAGUACCAUCAAGCCGAAGAUUACCGGGGUGUACUUUGGAUGGGAGAGCUACGGUGGUGAUACCAACACAUUCUGGUAUGAUGACAUUGUUGUUAGUGACAAGAGGAUUGGAUGCUAGAAUACCAGGACGUCAAGCCCAUGAGUCGUAGAAUCAAGCAAUACUCCAAUGGCAAUGAUUUAUGUUAU